AUGUCCCUCUGGACAAUCAGCCUCGUCACGCAGAUCCUGUGCCUGGCGCUGGUAACGGCGUUUGUCGCGCUACGGGGAGUUGUCGCGUGGCGGUUCAAGAAGGGGGUGGAUGUUGAGGAUGAUAUAAUUAAGAUGGCGUUGGCUAAUGCGGGUGUUAAACUAGGGUUUUGUUUUGUAUCGCUGGUAUACUAUACUACCUACCCUAACCAUACCAUAUCUAUCUAUACUGAGUUAUAG